UUUAAUUUUAAAACAAAAAGAACUCCCAUAGUCACAAGAGCGUGGAUUCGAAAAAUCAUCAACAUUUCUGGGUUUCUCUCCAGAAGAAAUUGAAUUUUCUCUGUGAAAAUGGGCGAAGAAUCAGAAAUGGCUUCCGCUUCUGCAGAUCGUCAUCUCCUCCAGAAAAUCGCCAAGAUCCUGAACGAGACUCGCACUUCCUACGCUACUCAUAACCGGAAGCUGAAAGAGCUAGCCACCGUCCGGUCGAAACUAUCUUCGCCUGAGUCCGAUGAGUCGUCCUCUGUCCGUCGAUUCUCUUCGGUGUUUUUCAAAACCCUAACCCCUCUUUUCAUUGCGGCCCAACGGAGAACGGCGGCGGCAGAGCGUAUUGUACGGUUCGUGGCGGAAUUCGCUUGUCUGCGUAGUAAUUCCGGUGGCGAUUCCGAGUGCGAAGAGUUUCUGGAUGAGUUUCUGAAGUUUUUAAUUUCUGGUACUGUGGCUGCGAACAGAAACGCUAGGUUCAGGGCGUGCCAGAUAAUCUCUGAGAUCAUAUUGAGGCUGCCAGAUGAUGUGGAAGUGGCGGAUGAACUGUGGGAUGAUGUAAUAGACUGUAUGAUGUUGCGUGUUCGAGACAAAGUUCCUGUCAUCCGUACGUUUGCUGUCAGGUCUCUUUCACGCUUUGUCAACGAUCCUGAGAAUAGUGACAUUCUUGAUUUGCUCCUUGAGGUGCUUCCCCUGGAACAGAAUCCGGAGGUACGCAAAACAAUUGUUCUAUCUCUGCCUCCUUCAAAUGCAACAACCCAAGCAAUUAUCGAUUGCACGCUCGAUGUUAAUGAAUCAGUACGCAAAGCAGCUUACUCUGUUCUCGCAAAUAAAGUUCCUCUUCAGAGUCUGAGCAUCAAGCUUAGGACCACAAUUCUACAGAGAGGGCUCGCUGAUCGCGCUGUAAAUGUUUCAAAGGAAUGUUUGAAGCUAAUGAAAGAUCAAUGGCUAUCUAACUAUUGUCAAGGUGAUCCUAUCGAAUUUCUGAAAUACCUCGAUGUUGAAACUUAUGAAUCUGUAGCAGAAUCGGCUUUGGAGGUUCUGUUAAGUGAAGGAUUGAUAAUGCCUACCGAUGAUAAAAGCAUCCAGCAGUACAUAUUGUCAGCAGAUGGUGAAGCAAGAGAUGAGAGCGCAUGUUCUCCACCCAACAUCCAACUUAUGGAGCCGGAAAUCGCUCUUUACUGGAGGAUUAUAUGCAGGAAGUUACACAAUAGCGCUCAAGCAAAAGGUUCUGAUGCUGCUACUGCGAUGGGAGCUGAGGCAGCAGUUUAUGCCGCUGAAGCUUCAGAUGCGAAUGAUUUUCUGGAAAGAAUUCUCCCUGCAACAGUUUCUGAUUAUGUUUCUCUAGUUAAAGCUCAUAUAGAAGCUGGACCGAAUCAUCACUUUGCUUCGAGGCAGCUAUUAUUGCUGGGCACAAUGCUUGAUUUCUCUGAUGCCAUGCUCCACAAGACUGCAAGUUCAUUUGUCCAGGAGCUGCUCCACAGACCAUUUGAGCAAGAAUUAGAUGAAGAUGGGAACAGUAUUGUGAUUGGAGACGGUAUAAACCUUGGUGGUGAUAAAGACUGGGCUGAUGCAGUUUCCAAAUUAGCCAAGAAAGUCCAUGCUGCCCCUGGAGAAUAUGAAGAAGUUAUACUUGUUGUUGUUGAAGAACUAGCGAGACCCUGUAGGGAAAGGACUGCGGAUUUUCUGCAGUGGAUGCACAUGCUUUCUCUGACAAGUCUUCUCUUGGAAAAUGGAAAAUCUUUACAUUCACUUCAAGGGAAGGCUAUUGAACCAGAAGAGAUAUUGCAUGCUUUGUUGCUCCCAGGGGCAAAACACACACACUUGGAUGUGCAGAGGAUUGCUGUAAAGUGCCUUGGUCUUUUUGGUUUGUUAGAGAAGAAGCCUAGCGAAGGGCUAGUAAGGCAGCUACGUGUAGCUUUUUGUAGAAGCCCUCCUGCAAUUAGUAUUAUGGCUUCUAAGGCGCUAGUGGAUCUUGGGAUGUGGCAUAGCCCAACAGAAGUUGACAAGGCAUUGGGACAAGAUCUCUUGUCACAAUUUGAGGAUGAGAGCAUUGAUUAUGUACCCAUCGACUUGUCAAAUGCCGAAGAAGAUUUGAAUUUAAAAACGCUCGAUCUCUUGUAUGCUGGACUUGAAAGUGAUGACUGGAGAGAAUACACAGAGAGCAGUGACGAUGAGUCGGUUAAAGCAACUGUCGGGGAGGGGUUUGCGAAACUUCUUCUUCUAGGAGAGAAGUACCCAAACUUGCCUGCAUCGUUUUAUCCUUUUGUUUUGGGCAAGCUGAUUGCAUUAUACUUCAGUGAGGAGUCAAAAGAACAACUGAGGUUCAAACAGUGUUUGUCUGUCUUCUUUGAGCACUAUGCUUCCCUCUCGGAAAAGCAUAAGGGAUACGUGUCAAAGGCUUUUGUUCCUCUCAUGCGCUCUAUGUGGCCUGGGAUUGAUGAUAACUCUAAAAGCUCUUCAUAUGUUGUAUCGACUCAACGCAAGCGUGCUGUCCAAGCAUCCAGAUUCUUACUGCAGAUGAUGCAAACCCCGCUUUACAAACCACCAGAGGAUUCUAUUCAAACUCCACUAGACCGUACAGAAGAAGGGUUAGCCAUACGCAUAGCCAUCGAGAUGGUAAGCUUCAAGGGAAAUAAGACUGCUGCUGAGAAGGCAUACGUUGCAGCACUAUGCAAAACACUUGUGUUACUCCAUCUGAAACCAUCAGAACAAAACGUGGUGAAGCUGAUGAAAAAGCUUUUAAGCCGAGUCGCUGAUUCUGUAUGCUCAGAGAAGGAGCUUCUUAAGGAAGUGAAACUGGUGCUUGAACAUCUAAAAUCUUUGGAUGCUUCUCCAAGCGAGGAGAUAUCACAAGAUGAAGCAAAUUCAAUCUUUGAAACGCUAGGAGUAAAAUAUGACCUGGACAUCACUGCACCUGCAACAGUGCAACAGACACCUGCUCCUUGCUCAAAAAGACCAGCUCCUUCAAGAAGACGAGCAAGGAUCCAAGAAUCAUCCUCUGAUGAAGAUGAAGAAGUAGCAUCUCCUCCUCCACCUUCUGCUCCUAAUACUUUGAUGACUCGAUCACACCGAGCAAGUAAAGCUGCUGCUUUAGCCAAAAUAAUGGCAAGCAAAGUGAAAAUACGCGAAGCAGAUGAGGAUAUUGAGGAAGAAGACGAAGAAGGUUCAUCUGAUGUUACAGCAGAUGAUUCAGAUGAAUCUGCUGAAUGAAUCAAUAUAGACAACUGAGUUAGGAAUUGGUCCUGUUGUUUGCACGUUUUCUUUACCAAAACAUAUUUGGUUUAUUUAACUAUGUCAUGUCUUAGUUGCGUGUGACCAAUUCGUUGCUUGUUAUCAAAGUUUAUUUGGUACAAAAACUCAAAACUUAUAAGACCUACAUUAUUUUCUUGUCCAAAACAAACUAAACUGCAGAAAAUCAUUUUGCCAAAAGUCUAAGGUUGGUUCAGCCAAUCAAGCUCAGUCUCAGAGAGCCUUUUGAAAACUUCCUUAACACUCCUGUCGAGAUUCCCAUUGAUCCUCCACAACACCAUCUUACUCUCCAUCUUCAUGCCAUUGAUCCCAUAGAGCUUCCAUAACAAGCCCUUGACGAAUCUGUACUCACAAGUCUUGUACCAGUCCCAUUGUUUCUCCACAGUGCCUUCAACAUCUCUGAAAGCUCUCAUCACAAGCCCAACCUCCAUACCUCUCUCCACAAGCUCUCUCACCGAAUCCACCAUCUUUUCCGCAAUCUCCCUAACAAACCCUGCGUGACUCGCGAUGUUUAUCAAUCGAAUCGCUGCACAGAACGCACCUGUAAACGCCAAGACCCAGAUACUGUUGUCUACCAAAAGCUCUCUUGGUGGGUUUAGCCUUUUGUAAAUCUCUGGGAGGAGACUAUUCAUAGCAUGGAUCACAACGUCUUCUUUAUCAUCGAACCGCAUUGUUAAGCACUGGAAGAUGUAAACCGCUUUGCUGAACUCUGCUUUGCUUUGUGAUGCAAUGUAGUCCCAAAGAUCGAACCACGGGUCGUCUGUGUAGCUGAAUGUCUCCAACGCAACGUGGAACACAACUUGACCAAGAACCAUGAACGUCUUCUCAGGAAUUCUUUUUCCCCUAAGGCAACGUACAAGCAAAGGAUUAAGCUUUUCGAUCUCUGAAAUGUCUAAGUACCACUUGCCUGAAGUGUGGUCACAAAGCACAUCAUGGAGUCUUCUGAUUGCAACCUCUCUGGUGCUAUCAUCGUAUUCAGCCACUGCAAACGCAGCCAAGAUAUCAAACGGAGAUAACUUCGUGAAGCUGUGGUACAAGUCACGGUCAUCUCCUAGAUCACGAUCUUGAUUCUUCUCAAAGCGAGAUAGUCUGAGUUUGAAAGAUGUAUUCUCGACGUACUUGUCUUGUAUUGUGACCAUUUGAUAGAUCUUCUUCGCGGUUUCUUUCGUCUUUGUUCCGAUUCUAGCGAUCUUGAACGCAAACUCUGCAACAAAGCCACAUUGUUUUGUGCUCCAUUUACACGACUUCGCGUCUCUCUCCAAGAACUUGACGAGACUUUCAAGCGCGUUUUGAAGAAACUCCUCCAUUCCCAUACCCACAAGCACACGAGCUGAAUUCAGAACGGUGUCAAGAAUCUCCCUCGUCAAGUCGAUUCUCAAUCCCGAAUCCAAAAGCUGAAACGCUAAUUUGAUAGCAGUUUCUAAAGCAAAAGUCCACUCUUCGCUUUGAUUUCGCUGAGGAUGAAGCAACACUUUGUAGACUUCCUCUCGGAGUUUGUGAAGAAACCUGUUGGUGAAUCCUCCGUAGAGUGGAGGCAGAUCGAUGAAGACGCUGAAAGCCCUAAAUGGAUCGGUGUUGGCGAGCGUGAACAUACAAUCGCCGAGCUCGUCCCAUCCGUCACUAUCAAGCAUCACAACAUUGAAAGCUACAUAAGAAACGAUGAUUCUCAGGGUCCUCGUCACAAAUUUAUUGGCUUCUCGAAUCGUCAGGCAAGAAAUCAGAAGCUGCUUGAUGUCAUUUAGAGCGACGAUAGAGAGUACGAAGCCUCGAGUACUUCUUAUUUCGGUGAGAGUUUCGGAAAGGAGGAGGAGCGAUCGGAAACUGGUGACUUCAUCGGAAGAGUAUCGAUACGCUUUGAGAAGCAUUUGAGUUAAGCAAUUCGGAAAAUUAGCGACGCAGAAAUCGCACAGAGCAAGCGCUGAUUUGUAUUCGACGGAUUCUUUAGGCGUAUAGAGUUGAUCGACGAUGAUCGUUAAUCUUUCGUGGCGUGGAGUCGCGAGAAUAUCCCUGGCUUUCAACCAGAGAUUUGAAGAUUCCGCCAUUGUUGCAGCUUCAGUGGAAUCGGUUUCUAACUUUCUACCUUUUUCCCGAGAAAAUUUUCGAGGUUGAAGAUUUGCAGGAGGUUUACGUUUGUUUUAACGGAACUCAAUCUAAACCGGAGUUGACUAAAACAAAAUAAAAAUAAAUCCUUCUAAACCGAACGUAAAUCGAACCGGAUCCCAAUAUUUAGCCA